CCAUGGCCCAGUGAUAAAUAUACAGCGGAGAAAGCAAGUAAUAUCGGCCAUCUCUUUUCCAAGUGCAGAGGCAAAGUUGUGCACGAGACACCUGCAGAGGGAACCGGGAAGGAGGGCGCGCGUGCGGCAUCGACCAACUGCAGCGCAGCGGCGUCGUCCCGUCCGUGGUGCCAGGACUAGAAGACACAAUGGAAGGAAGCAUCCACGGCUCAUCAGAGAAAAGGGUUGCGGUGGUGACCGGAGGGAAUCGGGGGAUGGGGCUGGAGAUAUGCCGGCAGCUGGCGGAGCACGGGGUCACCGUCGUCUUGACGGCGAGGGACGGGAAGCGGGGUGCUGAGGCAGCAGAAAGGCUCCGAGAGGAAGGGCUAUCGGAUAUCGUGUUUCAUCAGCUGGAGAUCAGCGAGCCCGCCAGUGCCGCUGAUCUAGCUGCUUUCAUCAAGGGCAAGUUCGGCAAGCUUGACAUAUUGGUAAACAAUGCAGGAGUGCUCGGGGUGACGACUGAUGUCGGUGACCCAGCAACUCUUCAGCAGACGCUUGCAGGCAAGGAUGGGAUGGAGAGAGCCGAAUGGCUGAGGCAACGGACCACGCAGACCACCCAGGAUGCAGAGGACUGCCUGAGGAUCAACUACCACGGCAACAAGACCGUCACGGACGCCCUCCUGCCGCUCCUCCGCUCCUCCUCCGACGGCAGAGUCGUCAACGUAACCUCAGCCUGGGGGCUGCUCAGGUAUUUCAGUGGCGAGGAGCUCCGGCGGGAGCUGGACGACGUCGACAACCUCACGACGCAGCGGCUCGACAAGAUGUCGGCCCUGUUCCUCGAGGACCUGGGCAAGGGCAAUGGCGCCCUGGAGCGCCGCGGGUGGCCGGCUGACACGGUGUAUGCGGCCUACAUGGCGUCCAAGGCGCUGGUGUGCGCCUACACCAGGGUGAUCGCCAGGGAGGAGGGCGCCGCGCUGCGGGUCAACUGCGUGCACCCCGGCUACGUCGUCACCGGGAUGAACGACUACACCGGCGUCCUCACCGCCGCGGAGGGAGCCGCCGCCGCGGUUGCAGUUGCACUGGCGGAGAAGGGGGGCGUCACCGGCGCCUACUUCGAUCGCACUGAACUGGGAGCGUCCUUUGUGUGAUUUCUCCGUGGAGCAGUUGCUAGCUUGCUAUCUUUUUCAAUAAAGUUCAGUCUACUUAAUAUUACUUGAUCUUUGCAAUAACACAGUGGCAUGAGUUGGUCCAGAUAUCAAGAAUUAUGUUCUGUUCACUA